CGAGGACUCGCCCGCCGUCCAGACCGCAGCUCUCCCGUCAUGAAGGUCCUGGCUGUAGUGUUCCUGGCCGUAGCCCUUGUGGCAGCUGAGAAGGAUGCCGACAAGAAAACCCAGAAGCGAGGACUGCUUGGUCUGGGCUACGGCGCGGGCUACGGCGCGGGCUACGGCGCGGGCUACGGCACAAGCUACGGUCUCGGCUACGCCGCCGCUCCGGCACUGAGCUACGCCGCUCCAGCGGUCAGCUACGCCGCCGCCCCCGCCUACACUAGCUACGCUGCUGCCGCGCCGGUUAUCUCCAGCUACGCCGCCGCCCCUGCACUUGGCUACGCCGCUCGUACCAUCGCCGCCCCCGCCUACUCUAGCUACGCCGCUCCAGCUCUGAGCUACGCCACCCCGGCCAUAGCUGCGGCUCCAGCUGUCAGCUACGCCGCUGCCGCACCAGCUAUCUCCAGCUACGCCGCCCCCGCCCUUAGCUACGCCGCUCGCACCAUCGCCGCCCCCGCCUACACUAGCUACGCCGCUGCCGCGCCAGCUAUCUCCAGCUACGCCGCCCCCGCCCUUGGCUACGCCGCUCGCACCAUAGCCGCCCCCGCUUACACUAGCUACGCCGCUCCUGCCAUCGCCGCUGCUCCAGCUCUGAGCUACGCCACCUCGGCCAUAGCUGCCGCUCCAGCUGUUAGCUACGCCGCUGCCGCACCAGCUAUCUCCAGCUACGCCGCCGCUCCGGCACUGAGCUACGCCGCUCGCACCAUCGCCGCAGCCCCCGCCUACGCCAGCUACGCCGCCGCUCCUGCAAUCAGCUACGCCUCUCGCACCAUUGCCGCCCCCGCCUACACUAGCUACGCCGCUGCCGCGCCAGUUAUCUCCAGCUACGCCGCCCCCGCACUUGGCUACGCCGCUCGCACCAUCGCAGCCCCCGCCUACUCGUCGUACGCCGCCAAGGGACUGUCGUACUCCUCCGGGCUGUCGUACUCCUCCGGCCUGUCGUACUCCUCUGGGCUGUCGUACUCCUCGCCUGUGCUCGCCAAGUACCACUGAGACCGUGUCAGCCCCAUGGCAGGAUCUCACAUCAUCGUUCUCCAGAAAAGCAGGAAGACAGAGGACCUUCUAUCCAACCGUCAUCAUUUAAAAUCCGUACAAACAUUUUAAAUUAUUAAAGCUUUGUAAUAUAAAAGAAUCAAUAAAAAAUUUUAAAACUU